AAAUCAACCUGACAAAUGAUUAUCAUGUUAGUGGAGGUGGCUUAGACACCGUAUUCAAAGCGAGCAAGAUCACUUUUCACUGGGGAAAAUGCAACGUGUCAUCAGAUGGGUCAGAACACAGUUUAGAAGGACAAAAAUUUCCUCUUGAGAUGCAAAUCUACUGCUAUGAUGCAGAUCAGUUUACAAAUUUUGAAGAGGCAAUUAAAGGAAAUGGAAAGUUAAGAGCUUUAUCAAUUUUGUUUGAGAUUGGACUAGAAGAUAAUCCGGAUUAUAGUCCGAUCAUUAAUGGCGUAGAUAGUGUUAGUCGUUAUGGAAAACAGGCUGCCUUAGAACCAUUUAUUUUGCUGAACCUUUUGCCGAAUGCAACAGACAAAUAUUACACUUAUAAUGGGUCUUUAUCAACUCCUCCUUGCUCUGAAACAGUCGAAUGGAUUGUGUUUAAAGAUACCAUUAGUAUUUCUGAAGACCAGUUAGCUGUAUUCUGUGAAGUCCUUACAAUGCAGCAGUCUGGCUAUGUUAUGCUGAUGGACUACCUGCAAAACAACUUUCGAGAGCAGCAAUAUAAGUUCUUUGGGCAAGUGUUUUCCUCUUACACUGGACAAGAAGAAAUUCAUGAAGCAGUUUGCAGCUCAGAACCUGAAAAUGUUCAGUCUGAUCCAAAGAAUUAUACUAGUCUCCUUGUUACAUGGGAAAGACCUCGGGUUGUGUAUGACACCACAAUUGAGAGAUUUGCUGUCUUUUAUCAACAGUUGGAUGGGGAAGACCAGACUAAGCACGAGUUUCUGACAGAUGGGUAUCAGGACUUGGGAGCUAUUCUAAAUAAUCUGCUGCCCAAUACAAGCUAUGUUCUUCAGAUAGUUGCUGUUUGCUCUAAUGGUCUAUAUGGAAAAUACAGUGACCAAGUCAUAGUUGAUAUGCCUUUAGAGGAUGCAGAGGCUGACCUCAUUCCUGAACUGAAUGAAACGGAAGAAUAUGAGGAUGAAGUUGAUGAAAAGGAAACAGAGGUGGAUGAAGAAACUGCAGUGAUUUCUAGCACUGACAGUACAAUAAACCAAAUAAGAAGGAAAGAUUUACAGGUGACUACAUCCAGCUACAGCCAAGAAAAAAUGGGGACAAAACCCAGUGAAGCUAAAACAGAUAAAUACUUAACAAGAGAAGAAGAAUUGCGUGGUAAGGAUGAUGUUUUCAAAGCAGUUUAUUAUCCUACUUCUCCACCUGUUAGUGAAAUUUCUGAAGAGGAAGAUCCCUUUUUGGAAUCCCAAACAAUAACUGGAAGUCCUCCUCAACUCAUUGACUCCGCCAAAGGUGCAGAAGAAGAAUACAUAUACCUUUCUUCAGGCACUGAACCAACAAGAAUAACCACUACUGGCCAUAGUGACGAAGGUUUCUUAUUGUCUCCUUUUAAACCUCAUCAGGAAUCUGACUUCUGGAAUUCGGUUCUUACCACGUCUUCAGCACAUCUGGUUACAGAGGAGACCUCCCAAGAAGACGCCCUUCCUUCAGGAAGCCCAGAUAUUAGCAUGCACGAUGUUCUUUCUCAAGGCUCCAUUAAGUAUGUUUCAGAAGGUGUAGCACCCUCAAGCUCUGAUGAGCCUCCAAAGCACACUUCUUCCACUGAUGGAAAUCUAUGGUUUCGUAAUGCUACAGAUCUGAAAGCUGAAUCUGUUGAUACAUCGAAGAGCAGGCAACUGUCUCAGACCACUUACACUGAUGCUUAUGUAGAGGGAUUAAAGCCAGCUACAGUGCCCUAUUCCAGCAGCCCAGUGGUUUCACAAGACACAUCAGAUGCGGAUUUAGAAUUGCCACAUUAUUCUACCUUUGCUUUCUCCUCUGCUGAAUUAUCACCUCAUUCUGUCUCUUCAAGCUCUGGAGAAUAUGGUUCUGCUUCUGCUGCCAGUGAGGUACUCUCUCAGACAACUCAACCAGUCUAUAAUGAGGCAAGUAAUAGUAGCCAUGAGUCUCGUAUCGGUCUAGCUGAGAGUCUGGAAUCAGAGAAGAAGACAGUUAUACCACUUGUGGUCGUAUCAGCCCUGACUUUUAUCUGUCUAGUGAUUCUUGUGGGUAUUCUCAUAUACUGGAGGAAAUGUUUCCAGACUGCUCACUUUUAUUUAGAAGAUAAUACAUCACCUCGAGUGAUUUCUGCUCCACCAGCUCCAAUCUUCCCAGUCUCAGAUGAUGUUGGAGCAAUUCCAAUAAAGCAUUUUCCAAAACAUGUUGCAGAUUUACAUGCAAGUAAUGGUUUUUCUGAAGAAUUUGAGGAAAUACAGAGCUGUACUGUAGAUCUAGGUAUUACAUCAGACAGCUCUAAUCACCCAGACAACAAGAAUAAGAAUCGAUACAUAAACAUUGUUGCUUAUGAUCAUACUAGGGUUAAAUUAGCACAGCUUGCAGAAAAGGAUGGAAAACUGACUGAUUAUAUUAAUGCCAACUAUGUGGAUGGCUACAACAAGCCAAAAGCCUACAUAGCAGCUCAAGGACCACUAAAAUCGACAGCAGAAGAUUUCUGGAGAAUGAUAUGGGAACAUAACGUAGAAGUUAUUGUGAUGAUAACUAAUCUCGUUGAGAAAGGAAGGAGAAAAUGUGACCAGUACUGGCCUGCCGAAGGUAGUGAAGAAUAUGGGAACUUCUUGGUUACUCAGAAGAGUGUUCAUGUACUUGCCUAUUACACUGUGAGGACUUUUACUCUUAGAAACACCAAGAUCAAAAAGGGUUCCCAGAAAGGGAGGUCUAGCGGACGUAUAGUAACUCAGUACCACUAUACCCAGUGGCCUGACAUGGGUGUUCCAGAGUACACGCUGCCCGUGCUCACCUUCGUGCGGAAGGCAUCGCACGCUAAGCGCCACGCUGUCGGGCCUGUUGUGGUUCAUUGCAGUGCUGGUGUUGGAAGGACAGGCACAUACAUAGUGUUAGACAGCAUGCUGCAGCAAAUUCAGCAUGAAGGGACAGUCAACAUAUUUGGAUUCUUAAAACACAUACGUACCCAAAGGAACUACUUGGUGCAAACUGAGGAGCAAUAUAUCUUCAUUCACGAUGCGCUGGUUGAAGCGAUACUCAGUAAAGAAACAGAAGUUCUUGAGACUCACAUUCAUGCCUAUGUUAAUGCUCUCUUGAUACCUGGACCAACAGGAAAGACCAGACUGGAGAAACAAUUUAAGUUACUGAGCCAGUCUAACACACAGCAGUGUGAUUAUUCAACUGCACUCAAACAGUGUAACAGAGAAAAGAACCGAACUUCAUCCAUCAUUCCUGUGGAAAGAUCUAGAGUGGGUAUCUCAUCACUGUCUGGUGAAGGGACAGACUACAUCAAUGCUUCCUAUAUUAUGGGUUAUUAUCAAAGUAAUGAAUUCAUUAUUACCCAGCAUCCCUUACUACACACUAUCAAGGAUUUUUGGAGAAUGAUAUGGGACCACAAUGCCCAGCUAAUAGUCAUGCUUCCCGAUAGCCAGAAUAUGGCUGAAGAUGAAUUUGUAUAUUGGCCAAACAAAGAUGAGCCUAUAAACUGUGAGACUUUCAAAGUUACUAUGAUUGCUGAAGAACACAAGUGUCUGUCUAAUGAGGAGAAGCUCAUAAUCCAAGACUUUAUUUUAGAAGCUACACAGGAUGACUAUGUGCUUGAAGUGAGGCAUUUUCAGUGUCCAAAAUGGCCCAAUCCUGAUAGUCCUAUUAGUAAAACUUUUGAACUGAUCAGCAUCAUCAAAGAGGAAACUUCCAACCGUGAUGGACCCAUGAUUGUACAUGACGAGCAUGGAGGGGUGACAGCAGGCACUUUCUGUGCAUUAACAACACUGAUGCAUCAACUGGAAAAUGAGAACUCAGUUGAUGUUUACCUGAUAGCGAAGAUGAUAAAUUUGAUGAGGCCUGGAGUCUUUACAGACAUCGAGCAGUACCAGUUUCUGUACAAAGCUAUCCUCAGCCUUGUCAGCACCAGGCAAGAAGAAAACCCUUCAGCAUCUAUGGACAGUAAUGGCUCAGCUUUACCUGAUGGAAAUGCAGCUGAAAGUUUAGAAUCUUUAGUUUAAUUAACACAUCGUAUUAAACACACACAUACCAACAUCACACCAGUCACACCUGGAGUUUACGGUUAAUAUUUUCAGUUUUAUACUUGGGGGUGGGGGGAAAUCUGUCCAGUCACUAUAUAUAUAAUCGGAUCCCAACCGUUGCUCAAACCAACAGUCACUGCUGUUACCCGUGACUUUACUGGGGAACUUUUAUUAUUAACAAUGUGUGCCUUUUCUUGAAAGAUUUCUUGUAAUACGUUGUUACGUCUGGACUAACUUGAUUGACUUUUACAGUGUUUCUAAGAAUUGAAUUGUGGUAUGUUUUUUCAGUAUUAGUUUUUGGGUUUACUUUUAACUUAAAAUUAUCAUAUUUAUAGAUUUUAGGAGAUUCUCAAUUACAAACAUGUCAUGGGUUUAGUAUUUGAUUUAUUUGCUGUAUUUAUAACAAUUUACAUUUGCUAGAAAUACAACUUUUAAUAUAGUAGAAUGUAAAUAAAAUACUGUUCUCCAUAACAUUCAACAUUUUAAGACUUCGGUUAGACUUUCAGAAUAGUAAUCGGAUACUUACUGUAAAUACUGCUACUUCUGUAGUGACUCCAUGGACCAAAUUUAUAUUUAUAAUUGUAGAUUUUUAUAUUUUACUACAGAGUCAGUUUUCUAGUUCUGUGUAAUUGCCUUGUUAAAAUUAUAUAGUCCAGUAUGUUUUUAUUUUAACAAAGUCUUCUGAUAUAUAAUUGUGCAUCUCAAGCUAUUAACCUUCAUAUAGCUGCAUGUGAUUUUAACUUUUUGUGAAGAAAUAGAAAUCAUUUGUUUUGAAAUGAGAAGUUUUUAUGAGAAUAACACCUGUACUUGGCAUUGUUAAAUUGUUUUUACCUAUGGCAUUGCAAAAAUAAAUAUAAAUAUUCCAGUC